CGCAUGGUGCAUAUCACUUUUCAUUUCACACAAAGUUUUCUUUCUCAAUUUUCACACACUCUCAAGAAGCGUUAAAAGACAAAAUAUCACAAUGGCAACAAUUCUUCAAAAGAUUGCAGAUAUCGAAAAUGAGAUGGCAAAAACUCAAAAGAACAAAGCAACAAGUAGCCAUCUUGGUAUGUUAAAGGCUAAAUUGGCAAAAUUGAGGAGAGAGCUUUUGACACCAAAGGGAGGUGGAGGAGGGCCUGGAGAAGGGUUCGAUGUUGCCAAAACUGGGGAUGCUCGUGUUGGUUUCGUUGGAUUUCCAUCUGUUGGCAAGUCAACUUUGCUAAGCAAUUUGGCUGGUGUUUACUCAGAAGUUGCAGCUUAUGAAUUUACCACACUGACCACUGUGCCAGGUGUCAUCAGGUACAAAGGAGCGAAAAUUCAGCUCUUGGAUCUUCCUGGAAUUAUCGAGGGAGCCAAAGAUGGGAAAGGAAGAGGCAGGCAGGUCAUAGCAGUUGCUAGAACUUGCAGUCUCAUUCUGAUAGUUCUCGAUGUUCUCAAACCCUUGCACCAUAAAAAAAUCCUCGAAAAGGAAGUCGAAGGCUUUGGCAUAAGGCUGAACAAGAAGCCACCAAAUCUUUCAGUCAAAAAGAAAGAAAAGGGUGGCAUAAACCUCACAUCAACGGUUCAUCAAACAUACUUAGAUUUAGACAAUGUCAAAUCAAUUUUGUCUGAGUACAAGAUUUCCAAUGCAGAUGUCAUAUUAAGAGAAGACGCUACAGAAGAUGAUCUUAUUGACGUCAUUGAAGGAAAUAGGGUAUACAUACCGUGUAUUUAUGUUCUAAACAAAAUUGAUCAAAUUUCAAUCGAGGAGCUGGAUAUAAUCUACAAGAUCCCUCACUGCGUGCCUAUAUCUGCACACCACAAAUGGAAUUUCGAUGAUCUCCUUGAAAAGAUAUGGGACUAUUUGAAUUUAUCCCGAAUAUAUACCAAACCAAAAGGACAACUACCUGAUUACGAAGCCCCUGUUGUUCUGAAUGGAGAGAGAACUUCGGUUGGAGAUUUCUGCAACAAUUUGCACAAAAGUAUUAUGAAGGAGUUUAAAUAUGCUUUGGUAUGGGGAUCUUCGGUAAAACACAAUCCGCAAAAAGUUGGCAAAGAACACGUGCUUCAAGAUGAAGAUGUCGUCCAGAUUGUUAAAAGAGUUUGAGGCUGAUUCGACGAUAAAUGUACCUGAGAAGAUCUGCAUAGGCUUUAAAUAUUUCUUGGAUGGACAUGUGACAAUAAUUGGAAACAUCAUCAGAACAAUGUAUUGUUAGUUAGCCGACUAACACCAGUUAAAUGUUGCUGCAUUAGCCAAGGUAAAGCUUCAAAUCUUAGUUAAAAAUUGCAAUGAAAUAUGAUCAAAAACAGUAGCUGCUCA